CCGUUUUAUUCGAGUCGAAGUGGCGACACCCGUUUUAUUCGAGUCGGGUUAACGGGUGCUAAACCGGGCCGGGUCGAGCCGGGAUAAAAAUUUGAAACCGAGAGUGCGAGAGAAACGAACACUUUGAAUAAAAGAGAGACGUUUUGUUUUGUUGUUCACCAUCUGUUCGACGAAUCGCCCCACAGAUUCCUCGUCCUCGCCUAACAUUGCCUCUAACCCAAUGGAGCCGGAAGAAUGGGAAACCUCCUCGUCAAGUGGCAACGAAGAUGUUUUCGCGCACGAGGAUGACGAAGAGUUUCCUUCCUCUGGUUCAAUGCCCAGGUUGCAGUUUAGGGUGGGGUCGUCUAAGGCUCGUUGGAUAGCAGAAGCGGGAAUGGCAGAAGUCGAGGCGAAAAGGGGUAAACUUUGGACGACCACCGGAAUCAUUCGCGGCGGAAAGACGUAUUGCUUGGUCGAAGAGGCUCUGUACUUGAGCGAAAUAGGAGCAUUGCAGAUGGUGGUGGGCGAGGAAGAUGAAGAUGAACCCAUUUCAUUACAGGACAUGUACAAGAAGGUGGCAGAGCAAAACACAGGUUGCAAGUGGGAACACUACGAGGUUUAUAAAUACUUGAAGGGUCUUGGCUAUAUCGUCGCCAGACAUGGAGUUCCAUGGACUUCAAAAGAUAAACCAGUUCAUGUCGGAGAAAGUUCCAAAGACAGAGACACCAUAACUGAACUCUUUCGUGACAUGCAGAUUCGGGAUACAAAGGCCGUGUUCGACGUGUAUAUGCCGAACAGCCGGUUCAAGAAAUCUUCCCCGGGUGACCCAAGCUUUGUCGCUUGCUUCUCGGGGGGCUCUACACCGAGCAAAGACGAAAUCCAAGACCUGGAAAGAUGCGUAACUACACCAUUGAUGUUCUGUCAUGUGGAGCAGGGACGUUGCAGCUUCUUCGCCUUCAGCUCUGUAGACCUACCUGUAUUACCCUGAUGCGGUAAAAGGACCACGACCUGAUCAUGCUGAACAACUUUAAAGAUUCAUGUCGAAUAAAUAGUAAUACUUCUGGAUAUGCAGUUUACAAGUAUUUUGGUGUUUAGGGUUACAAAAAAAUAUUGAAAAGGUAAAAGCCA